AUGGCUGCCAUCUCCCAACCAGCAGUUGUAGGUGUGCUCCCCCAGAGAAGCAGGUCAAGGGGCGGAAGAAGCUCGUGGGAAUAUGCAGUACCGCUCAGUUAUCAGAACGGCCGGCCCUUGUCUACCGCAGAGCAGUCAUCCGACUCCGUGGUACCUCCUUACGAUAAUCGCUCAUACAAACAGCCCCGCACAAACAACGCCAAGCGCAUUUCAGGUCAUUAUCAGAGCUAUGAGAUGAAUCCCAGUGGAGGUGGCAGAGACGAGAAUAGCCCCACUUAUGCAAGAUCAAAUGCAUAUUCCGGAGCCUAUCCUUUACCGCAGCGACAGGUACAUGCGCUCGACCGGAAGGAGAGUGACAUGAGCGGAAGAGGGAGCGAUAGGGAUAGUUUGCUGGACCUCUACGGUUCGAGCUCCAGAAACAGAAGCGCUGUCAGCAGCACUGCGAAUUUUGGGGGACAGGAUGAUGUUGACCAUCAUUUAAACAUGGAAUUUGACCCCGGGAGCUCGCACUGGAUACAUCGUGAUAAGUUGGCCGAAAUUGAAAGUCGGGAGCUGAAAGAGGCGGGCAUUCGGUUGCCUGCAUGGCACAAGAGACACUACGCAAAGCCAGUUGUUCAAGAUGAAUUGGAGCAAAAUGCAUAUGAGGAGGAUGUUCUUCAGCGAGAUCCAAUGUACGCGGAAAUGGAUUCUUACCAAAAUUUGCAACGGAAUUCGAUGGCGGAUACCGAUGAUGGGCACAUGGAGCACGGUUAUUACCAGCCCGCAGGAAGUAGCGAUGACAUACACAGCGCUCCUCAGGACAUCCCAAAACGACCGGUAAAGAAAACCAGCUAUUCGCGCAUACCAAUCUCAAAGUCCAGUCCCGCUCCUCUAUCUCAAGAUUAUAUUGAGAGGCACACACCUCUCCCGCGGAGUCGACAUGGGAGUGGAGCCUGGAGUGGACUGGCGGAUGGCAAUCUGGUGUACAAUAAGCCCCGUGGUCGCAGCCAUAGUGCAGCGACACAGGUUCUGCUUGACGACGGUGGGGACGAUUCCGCUGGCGGAACACAACCUCUGACAACACAAGCAUCUCAUCCCUUGCCCGCUAAAUCGACGCAAACGCCUCAGCCGUCAACGAUCAGGCCGAAACCUCGGACCCCUUCAGCUCCUCUUUCCACCGGGCACCGGAAUGAUUCAAUCAGACAGGGCACGAAAGGUCAUAUGAAGCGCCGCUCAAGGUCUCUUGCCACUCGCGAUGGCCCUAGUUCUCGCCCAGGCACACGAGGUGGCGAGAGCAGACCAGCGACUGCCAUCAAUCGCCCGGAAGGAGAAGCGCCAUGGAUUGCGACAAUGUACAAGCCAGACCCGCGUCUGCCACCUGAUCAGCAGAUUAUUCCGACGCACGCGAAACGGUUACACCAGGAGCAGCUGGCACGAGAGGCUGCAGAGGCCGAACAGAAGGAAAAACAAACUGCAACGAGGGGCCCCAAGAAGAAUUCUCAAGAAAAGGUUGCAACACCUCAAAGAGAGAUGUCGGAGUUUCAAAAGACGCCGCAAUCGUCGCAACCGGCGGGAGAACCGCCUGCUGAUCUCCCUGAGAAGCCGGCCGCCGUUCGUCCAGCUCCAUCGCGAAGCGCUAGCUCAACUCCAGGGGCUAGACCAACCACAAGUGCCAGCGAGCGUAACCAAUACACGGUUAUGCCAGCAAUUCAAAGAAAGAUCACACCUCCGCAGGUUUCUACUAGACAAACAACAAGGCUGCACCCUAUCGACUCACCUGAGCCACGAAAGCAAAAGGGAGGUUGCGGUGGUUGUUGUAUUGUCAUGUGA